AAACAUUCACUCUGGGUCGACGACAGAGAGGAAAGAGACAUGUUGGAGGCUAGCAGGGCUGCGGAGCAGCGCAUCUAGACGGGGGGACGGCCACCCUUUCCUAGAUGGGCUACCUUCCCCUAAGUGGAGGGAGACACAUUAGAACUGCGUAGCUCUCGCCCGAGCACGGCUUGAUCUUUCUGGAUGUUCGUAUGCGGGAUUCAGAUGACGUUUGAAAUGUGGGAGAUGGUGGCUUUGCCGAGGGGGAGCUCUCCCUUCCUGUCGUCUAGGACAAGAUGGCAGCAGUGCAGGCGAACUGGGCAUGCUAUGGAUUUAUAAAUCCGUAACAUGUUCAGAGAAGCACUGGAUUGUAUUUAUAGUGACUCUAUGUGAAGGUAUGGCCUCACAAGUCUUGGUUUACCCACCACACAUUUAUCAAACCCAGACAAGUGCCUUUAGCGGUGUGAAGAAACUCAAAGUUGAGCCCAGCAGCUGUGUGUACCAUGAGAGAGCACAUCCGUGGACUUAUCUGAACAGACGAAACCUUGGUAUUGUGCACCCGACGAAAGCCCGCUCGUUCUUGAGCCAAGACUUUACGGCGGGUGCAAAAGUGUUUGGAGGACAAGUGUACCCCGUGAAGACAGUAAUAGUGCCGGGCAUCCAGAGACAACAGCCCGGGAAAAGAGGUGGAGGAUCGGGCACAUCUGCGGUCCAGCAGCGGCAGAACACAGGGAUUGUCCACAAGCAGGGCCAGGAUUAUCAGCAGCAGAAGACGGCCACAGCAAGUGGGGGCAGCAGUGGAGCAACAGGGGCAGGAGGAGGGGGAAGGGGAGAGGGCUGCAGCGGAGGAGGUGAGGGAGGUGGAGAGGAGGAGGAGAAGGAGGAGGAGGAGGGUGACACAGAAGCAGACUGUGGAGGUUUGAACUCGGCUGACAGCUCUCAGCGAUGUGGACUGAAACGUAAAAGUGAGGAGCUGGAUAAUCGAGGGAGCACCAUGCAGAUUGUGGAGGAACUGUCAAUGUUGCCUGCCAUGUUGCAAACAACGAAUGUAGGAAACACAGCUGCAGCGACUGCGGCCGUGGGGACUGGAGGGGGGACUUCCAAGCAAGCUGCAGGACCCGUGGGUGUUGGUGCUGCAGGGGGAGCGGGAGGAUGUGACGGGGACUAUCAAGUAGUACAGCAUGAGGUUCUUUGCUCCCUGAAGAAUACUUACGAAGUGCUGGAUUUCUUGGGACGGGGCACAUUUGGACAGGUUGUAAAGUGCUGGAAAAGAGGCACGGGUGAGGUAGUGGCCAUAAAGAUCCUGAAGAACCAUCCGUCAUACGCCCGACAAGGUCAAAUAGAAGUAGGCAUCCUUGCGCGUCUGAGUGGGGAGAACGCAGACGAACACAACCUGGUGCGAGCCUUUGAAUGCUUCCAACACCGCAGCCACACCUGCCUUGUGUUCGAGAUGCUCGAGCAGAACCUGUAUGAUUUUCUAAAGCAGAACAAGUUCAGCCCACUGCCCCUGAAAGUGAUCAGACCUGUACUACAGCAGGUGGCCACGGCUCUGAAAAAGUUGAAGACUAUGGGUCUGAUUCAUGCAGACCUCAAACCUGAGAACAUUAUGCUGGUGGAGCCGAUAAGGCAACCCUACAGGGUGAAGGUGAUAGACUUUGGCUCAGCCAGCCACGUGUCCAAAGCAGUUUGCUCCACGUACCUCCAGUCUCGGUACUAUAGGGCUCCAGAGAUUAUUUUGGGAUUGCCAUUUUGUGAAGCCAUAGACAUGUGGUCCCUAGGCUGUGUGAUAGCUGAGCUUUUCCUCGGCUGGCCCCUUUACCCGGGUGCCCUGGAAUAUGACCAGAUUCGCUACAUUUCUCAGACACAAGGUUUGCCUGGAGAACAUUUACUGAAUGCCGGGACGAAGACAACACGUUUCUUUUGCAGAGAGUCUGACUCGCCUUAUGCAGUCUGGAGAAUAAAGUCUACAGAUGAGCAUGAGGCCGAGACGGGGAUGAAAUCAAAGGAAGCGAGGAAGUACAUCUUCAGCUAUUUGGAUGACAUGGUGCAUGUGAACCUAGUGAUGAAUCUGGAAGGCAGCGACUUGCUCGCAGAAAAAGCAGACCGCCGGGAGUUUGUGGGUCUGCUGAAGAAAAUGUUGCUCAUCGAUGCAGAGGAGAGGAUCGCCCCCGCUGAAGCGCUCAGUCACCCCUUUGUGACAAUGCAACACCUGCUCGACUUCCCUCAUAGCAACCAUGUGAAGUCGUCUUUCCAUAUCAUGGAUAUUUGCUCAACCCGUCCCAACACGUAUGAGGGAACCAACAGAAGUAAAGGACCCUUCGUCAGACCUGUGGCCACUCCUGCUGCAGCCACAGUUAACCACCCGUUCAACAAAAUGACUGUUGUCCACCCUCAAGCAUUAGCACCAUCUGCCCCCUCAGUGUUGCACCCUGCAAUACCAUUACAAACAGGAAGUGGACAAUUUGGAGGCAACGAUUCAUUUCAACAGGCGCUCAUUUUAUGUCCCCCCACCAUUCAAGGAAUACCAACCAACACUGUGAAACCAGCUGGCUUCUCUGUUCGAAUGGAGGCCUCUGUGCCUCUUGUCACUCAAGCGCCCCCAAUCCAGCCCAUCCAAAUCAGGCCAGGAGUAAUCACACAGGCUUGGUCGAACCGAGCCCAGCAGAUUUUGGUGCCCACUUGGCAGCAGGUGACAUCAGUUCCCCCACCGCCAACCACUUUGGCAUCUGACACAGUGGCGGGCCCACCGAGAGUGGGUGACUGGGGGAAAGUGCGUCCCCAUGGUAACCAUUACAGCUCCAUGAUUGCCCACCCUCAGCCAUUCUUAACCAACCAAAUGACCAUGCCCGCCCACCAGCCAAUAAAUAUAGGCAUUGCACAUGUGGUGUGGCCGCAGCCCGCUGCCAACAAGAGAGCGAAGCCUUGUACCAACAGAGGCAGCAGCUUUUCCCAAAACACAAACAUCCAAACUUUACCAUGCCAGUCCCCAAAGAUGGCUGAUAUAGCAAAGAAUGUGGAAGAGUCGUCAGAGCAAGAUGCUAGGUGCCCUAAAAAGGGGCAUGCUGUCGUACAGGAGCAGGAAACGGAGCAGGCCGAAGAAGACGAUGACAACUGUUGUAAAGUACAGCCGGACAGCGAGGAGCUUUCGGUUUCGCAAGAGCAGCGGCAUGCCAUGGUGAUCUCUGAACUAACUAGCCCAUCUGUCAGUGUCAUCAGCAUCAGUAGUGAUGAAGAGGAGGGCGCACAAAGGCACGCAAUGGGCGAAUGUAAAGGAAGUGCUGAUUGCGAGGCAUGUCAGAGCACAGUUAAUAUGGAGAGAGUCUGUUCCCUCAGUAGCCCCGACAGCACGCUUAGCACCAGCUCCUCGGCCUCCGUGCAGUCCAGCACGUCACCCUGCAAACAUCCCAACAGUAUGUUUGAUGAUGAACAGGAGAGUGGGUGCGACACAGUGGACAUCUCACCUGCUUCCAACGGCAAUAACAACAGUCCCUUCCCCGACCGGUGUUACAUCGCAAACAGCAAUCAGAACUGCAAGCCUCGUGUUACACGCGUUGCCCUGGAAACCGAGCCCAGCAAGCCAGCCGUGCGUACGGCUGCAGUGCCUCCAAUGAGGGUACAGAACAACAACACUGGCGUCAGUGAAACACCUGGCAACACAGGUCACAUGGCCUGGGAUUACGCCAUCUUAGUCGGCCACAGAGGUUCUCCCAGUUUUGGAGUCUUCAUACCAGCCCAAAGGGAGAGGCCCUUCUGGGCGGCAUCAUCACCACUCCACUCCUCUUCUCAACCGUUCCCAAAAGAUCACCCCUUCAUUCCAGCCCCAGCAGCAGCAGCAACAACCCAUUGGCUUUGGGCAGGUCCAACAUUUCACUUCCUGCCACCAGGAAUGGAACGGCAACUUUGCCCACCGCAGACCGCAGGCCUUCAUCCCUCCCACCAUACACGGGCCUGCAUUCACCCUGUCCCACAGCAGUCCGAACCACUCUGCAGGCCAUCCCCACCUUGGGGGGCACCCGCACUCCCAACCCACCUUGUUGUCCUAUCCCCCGUCUGGUCCUCUGGUCACGGCUGCGCCCGUGGCCCACCUCUUGGCCUCCCCUGGUGCCACGCGUCCCGUCCUUCAGCCCGCGUACAGCAUCUCUCACCCAGCAGGCAUCGUGCAUCAGGUCACAGUGGGCAUCAACCGGCUUUUGCCCUCCCCCACCUUGCAUCCCCAAGGCCAAUUCAAGCCCCUCUUCCCCCCGCAUUCCUACAUUGCCUCGCCGGCAUACGCCAGUUUCCCACUCAGCCCCACCAAAAUAAACCAGUACCCCUACAUCUGAGCAUGGGUGCCCAGGUACUCUUUUCACUACCGAGGGCUAAGUGCACGGGGCAAAUUCUGUCUUAAUCCACAAGCAACAUGGUUUUUCAUUUCCAAAAACCAUGGCACAACCACAGAGAAUGCAAGCUAUUUUUUGAAUCAUGUCAACUUGGGUGUAAUUGAACUUCAAGCUUUAAAAAAAAAAAAAAAAAAAAAAAAAAAAAACACGUUUUGAGAUUUGGGCAAAAAAUCUGAAGGAAAUAAUGUAUGAAUGAUUGAAUGAAUGAGUAGUUAAAGUCACACUUAAUGUGUUUUGCACAUUUGAUAUACCUUUGCAUUGGAUCUUUUACGAAUACUCCUCAAAACAGGUAAAUAAUUGGGGUGUUGUUGAAUAGUUUGACGUUGCACCCCCGAUCCCAGCUAUUUUUCUAUAUUGCCUUCUUACAUGAGCAAGACACAUCCGCAUUUGUAAAGCCAUCCCAGUCUCUAGCUCUAGAUUGCCAGAUGUCGUCUACAGUGUAUGUUGUACCGCGUUCCGAGUAUUUGUACUUUUUCAAUGUCUUUCGGUGUUCGCAAUGUCAAAAGUCAAUUAAGCGAUUUAAAUAUGGUCGUUCCUCACGCUGCAUGUGGUCUUGCAUGAGCAAAAGUGUAAGCUGAACGAUGCAUAGACGUUGCUCUUAUCGUUUGUGUCACAAGACUCGCUGCAUUGUAUAACUGUCCCCAGCCAUAGUGCCUUACAUAUUGUUAAUGUUACUACUUAUAUAUGACUAUAUACAAGACUAUUAAUGUACUGGACUGCAGCACUUGAAAUUCCAAUCGCUCGAUGCAUCCUAUGUGUGAGUAUAUUUAUAUGCACAUAGCCUGCAUGGAUGUGAUGUAUCGCAGAUAGCGGUGCUUAUACUUUGGAGUCGGUGUAUAUUUCAGUGUGUCGUAAGUUCCUUUUCCGUUCAUGCAAGAAAAACAGCAUGCUGUGCUGUUGCGAAUGCUUUGCUGUUUGAUUAUGACAAAAAAACAACUUUUGUUUGUCCGAAUGAUCUAGUGUACAAAGUGCAAGUACUGAGUAUUGCUUCAUAUUUGAUAAUCACUUUCUACUUAGUGAAACUCUUAUUACUAACAGUAUUUGUACUGUUUGACAAAACUGCAAUACAAUCUAAAUAGUCGUCUUUCCCUCCCCACCCUUCUCCGUAUUUUCAUUUUGAGUGUUUUCACUUUGUUUCUUCGAUGUUUAGACGUGUGUGGGCAUGGCUUUGACGAGGUAAGGAAAACAAUGCAAAUAAUUCACGGUAUGGAUUUUUCUAAGCCUGAGCAAACCAUGCAGUGUUCGAUAUAGACACAUAUAUGGAAAUAUAUUAUAGAGAUAGAGUAUUUAGUACAAAUGCUUGAUGAGGUGUGAGUUAAUCGUGUGCAAUUCCCUCAUUUAUGCAUGUGUGACAAAGUUAACUUUGCCCUUUACAUUUGUUGAUGGCUAAAGGCUUCUCGGUGUCGACUGCUUCUUUUAAACAUUCCGUCAGGGAGGAUAUAUAUACAUAUAUAAAUAUAUAUAUGGUGGGAGCAGGUGUCACCAGUCUAUAUACCAUAUAUCUAUAUAUGUAGAUAUUCUGUGUGUGUUUUUGUGUUUCGUUAGUUAUUUGUGUAUAUUUUUUUGUCUUUAAUUUCAAAUGAAGUUGCUUGGCAGCACCAAAGACUGUAAUUCAUUUCCUGAGAAAGGUAGCUACUCUGUUUAUUGUAAACCUUAGAACGUAGUAGUAAAAUGGGGGUGGAUUAAAAAAACAACAAACAAACAUGUUUUUAAAAACGGCCGAGGUUUUGUCUAGCUUAUUGGGCAAUUAAUGAGUCGUAUCAUUUCUUUCUUGAAUGUAUCAUAGAUGAGCUGCUAAAUGAUGAUUGCCACUUCCAUAGCUGUGAAAUUAGGGGAGUUGUCUGAGUUUGAACCUAGCGUUACAAUGUUUUUUUUUUCUUUCUUUCGUUUUUGUGUGUGUGUGUAGGUCCCUAAUUAUCUAAAAUAGAAGUGGUUUUGAUUAGUUUUUUCGUGUUCCUAUUUGGAGUGUCAUUGUAACUACUGUAUUGCUGAUAAUGAACACUAGUUGCAUUUGUUGUUUUUCAGGGUGUGCGUGCGCGUGUGUUUUUGCAUCAGUAUUUUAUUCAACUCGACCUAUCCUUCGGGCUCAUCACUGCAUAUAAAUGAUGUAUCGAUGUGUAACUUAAUUUUUGUAUGUUUUAAUAUUGACGUUUCGUACACAUUUAAAAACUGUAGCUUGCAGUAUCAAUUUAACUUGUACGUUAACAAUAUUCUACCAGUGCAGGAGUCCCAUGAGAGGGCAGAUUAAAAACAGCAUUGUGCAUGUUAAAAUUGUCACUUAUAGUCACCACAAAGGAAGGCGGAUUAGAAUACGUGCCCAAAUAUGAAUGAUUUUCAUCCCCAUGAACUGAUUUGACCUAGUAUUUAUGAUUAAAAUGUUUUUAUCUGUUCAAUGUUAUAAGAAUAUCAGCUUUGCCUUGCGUUCUGAUCGCUGCCCCCGCUCGUCUCAAUGUUUUUAAUUGGAAAGCGGCUGUUGUCUUGUGGUCCUGAUUGAAACUGAAGCAGUGUGAGCAGCACUGUGUAUGUGCCUUGAGAUUCAGAACAUUCGAGGUGGUCAUUGCUCAAUGCGUAUUGAAGGAGGAAGGCCUAGAAUCCAUUAAGUCUAUUAGUACUCCAUAUCCGGACCAAUACUGGGACACUUUCAGGAAGUGAAAAUGGCAGAAAAUAUGGCGUUGGCCCACCCCAUUUGCCUGGCUCACAUUCACUAGCCUCUUUUACACAGAGAUAAUGGCCACAUCAGAGCUGUAACAGAAAACAAUAACUGAGUUUUAUUUAUCAAGCUCUUAAAAAAUCGCAACUGAAAUUAAGUGCUGUACAUGAAUAAAAAUCGCACAUAAAUAAUUAAUUUCCUUUUUUUAACCAGGUAAUGAAAUUGAGAGCAGUUUCUCAUUUACAAUGCUGACCUGGAGGCCAUUUAGGGUUCAGUGUCUUGCACAAGGAUACUUCGACAGCGGCUAGUGAGAGCCAGGAUUUGAACUGCCGACCCCUUUGGUCAGUGGACGACCCUCAAGCAAACAUAAAACUCUUGAACAUAACAGUAACAAAAAUAAUCAAAAUAAGGGCUAAAUUGUCAGGCUGCGUUGAUCCCCAUGGAAUUAAAUGGAUUUUUUAAAAUGGACAGCGGUGGCGCUAGUCUAAUGUGCACCAGGGGAUCAUUCCAUAAUUUGGCACCAGUGACCGAAAAAGCCCUAUUCCUUCUGAGCUUCCACUUCGACUUUGGUACCUCCAGGAGCAGAUGGUCAUCUGACCUGAGGCACCGGGCAGGAGUGAAGGGAUGGAGCAGCUCGGAGAGACCAUUUUGCAAUUGGAGAACAAAUAGCACAAUCUUAAAAUUAACUCUUAGGUGUGCAGGCAGCCAGUGGAGUUUGGCCAGAAUAGGAGUCAUGUGCUCCCUCUUACGUGUUCCAGUUAAGGGGCGAGCGGCAGCAUUUUGAGCCAACUGGAGAUGUUUGAGGGAGGACUGGCUGACUCCAAAGUAAAGUGCAUUACAGUUAUCCAGCUGAGGUGUGAUGCAGGCAUGGCUUCCUGUUUCAGAGUACUGCUGUGUAAGAAAAGGCUUCACCUUUGCCAGCUGCUUGAGGUGAAAAAACUGCUCCGAGUUGCCGAUCUAAUUGAAAAUCCCGGAUACAAGCGGCCAAAAUGAGUUUCCUCCGCAGGGUGUCCGGGCUCUCCCUUAGGGAGAGGGUGAGAAGCUCGGUCAUCCAGGAGGGGCUCAGUAGAGCCGCUGCUCCUUCCCUGUGACGUGGCAUCCCACAGAUGUAUGCAUCAUCCAUAGAUGAUUGAUGACAUCAGCGCCAGCAAGGCCAUUUGGUCUCCCCGUUGCAUUUUAGCAACUUUGAAAAUUGUGUAAAAGAGGCUACUGUUGAGUGUGUGAUGAGGUUCAGGUCAGGUAUCUGGCAUUCUUCCAGGCCAAAGCCCAGGACAUUGCUUUGUGCGUCGCUAAUGGAAAGAGCCCCCAUCUGUUCCUAAUGAAGAAAAAAAAAAAUGUAAUUGUCUAAAUGUCUUGGUAAAACGAGUUAAGAGUUAGAGGGAACUAAGGGGUCUUGUCUAACCCCAAUUGUUGACUGAUUAUCAGGAGGUGUGUCCCAAGACUUUACUCCGUAGAGAUGAGUGUUCAAAGUGUCUUACUGACCAGAAAAUAAAGAAACCCAAGAUAAGACUUCAUCCUGUUCUCUGAUCAGCUUGUAGAAAUAUCAGAGGAUGGUGCAUAGUGGUGGAUUGUACUAAUAAUAAUACACUUAAUGAUGAUGAUAAUAAUAAUAAUGUCACACGUCUUUGGAUCAUCACUCUGGCUUGAAACAGCAGAUGCAAUACUUUAAACAUUUUUGCCGUUAUUGCACCACACAAGUGUUCUUAGAUGAUCUGUACUUUACAUGACCUUGGAUGUGCGUUGCUUUGUUUUCGUCAAGCACCCAGAGCACAUUUGGUAACACUGGCUUUGAAGAAUCAUGAACUUCUCUUCUUGCAUGUUGAUUUUUCUCUUGCGCGAUAUGUUUCAACACUUAUAUGGUUAUUUUCUCUUUAUUUGUUACUGAUUAUAUUCUAGUAUAAUUUUGGACGAGAGAGCUUUCGAAAACAAGACGUGAACUUUGCAGAUGAUUACUGCUUGAAAAAGUUUGCCAAUAAUGCGCAUGGGAAAUGUAAUGCGUGUUGUGGUUCCUCCCAAAGUAUUCACCAGCAAAGUGACACAAAAGGAGACGAAAGCUAUUGUUUUCAAUUCUACACCUCACCAACACCUUGCUUUACAGAAAUAUUAUUUUUCCUUUGGAGGAUUUGUGUAACAUUUAACAGAUAAAACAGUUUCUAAACUAUGAUAGUAAUGAUUUUAUGAAUUAUGACAAAAAACAAAAAUCCUCUGCUGCGGUUUUAUCCUUUAGCGCUGUUAAUUCAGGGUCUGUAUUAAUCUCAAUGGGCUAUUGUGUUACUGUUUGAUUUGAUCUGAUCUCUAUUUUGUUCUAGCUUGUGUUCAUCUAUUUCUGCAGAGUUAAUUCAUGCUGCAAGUUAUGGAAUUAUCGGUCUAGAUGGCUCAUCAAAUACACAUGAUUAUGAAAUCUGAGCUAUUACUGUUUAAACACCUGUAGAUUAUUUUGUGGCUUUGUUUUUUUUUUUCAUUUGUUUUGCUUUUUUUAUUUGUUUGUGCUACACUAGUUUGCCAUGUAGCAAUUGCACUGUGCAAUAUUUACAGUAUGAGGACUGGGAAACUAAUUAUGGAUGUGAUGUCUCUUUACAGUUUGCGUUAGUGUUUCCUCUCUAGUUCUCAGUGAUUUAGGUGUGACCAAGCCUUCUCUACUUAGUCACAUUAAGCGGGUUUUCCAGGUGACUCUUUUGGUGAGUGUCGAAGUAAGACUUAUAAAUGGUGUAUUAUUGUUAAGAUUCACUUUGAAUUAAAAAAAAUCGAUUGACUCAG